AUGGAGAUGGAAAGUUGGUCAGUUGAUCAAGUCUGCAACUGGUUGCUACUGAAAAACUUAGGAGACCUGGUUCCUAAAUUUCGUGGUAAGACUGUUCUCUGUGUAUCACUGUAUGUGUCAAAUAUCUGUGUAAUUUACAGAGAUUUAUUAAAUCAAAUGAGGUUUCCAUUGAUGUUUCUAAGUAUUUGUUGCAGGGAGUGGGGGAGAAAUGCAGAAUAAAUUGUUGGAUACUAAAUCCUUAAAAGCUUUAUGUGCAUUCUGGUAGCAUGUUUCUAUGUGAAAUUAAUUGUUUUGAUAGUGUUUGCUUCCUAGUUACAUAAUAAUAUAGCAAUGCAGUUUGUAAGUUUUUAACCAGGGAAAAGCUUUCAUUAAUUUCCAGAUCAGGAUUGUGAGAUAAGCACAGAACUAAAUAUGCACCAGGUCUCAGCACUAAAAUAAACAUGCUUAUCCUCAGAACAUUUUGAAGCAAUCAAAACAGCACAGUGGAUGUGGAGAGUACCUUUUAACCCCCAUUAGGCAACCACAACCUAUUGGCUGGGGCUGAAGGUAGGGAGAAAAGUUCUUAGGAUAGAAGACUUCAGCCGGACUCCUGCCUCAGUGCCUCCUUCUGUAGCAAUUCAGCACCCAGCACAAAGCUAAACCCACAAAGCUAAUAUUGUGCCUAAGAACAUCUGUACUCAAACUCAAUUGAAAAUGGAUAGUGUGCAAUAUAGAUUGAUUGCUUGUUACAGUUUAUAUAGAACUUUUCCUUCCAAUGUGCAAAAAAAGAAAGACUGUUAUUCUUUCGGUAUGACCAAUUGCCUUUGAAACAUCUGCCUGCUUGCAGCCAGAGGCAAUCCAUGUGUAAUGAUUCUUUGGCUCUUCUUUUAGAGGAAGAAGUGGGUGGCGCUGCUCUGUUGGCUCUUAACGACAGGAUGGUCCAGCAGCUGGUCAAGAAAAUUGGGCACCAGGCAGUGUUAAUGGAUCUGAUUAAAAAAUGCAAGCAGCAGACAGAAGGACCAGUUUUUACCUGCAAAGAGCCCUUCUCUGAGUCACCAGGAGAAUUCAGUCGGUAAGGCUCUGCAAAGAAAAAUAAAGGAAGAAACAAAAGCAUCCCACUUAUAUUCCAGUCAGAGUGGUUCUCUGUUUUAAUGCUAAUGCUCAUUAAUUUUUACAGUCACUGAAUUUUGCUACUACAGUAAUGUGAAUUUGGAAGCUCAGCAGAAUAUGGCAAUGAAUGUUUAUUGCUUGUUACCCCUGAAUAUGGAAAAAUAACAGUCUGUCCUGUUUUUCUAAGGCACUGUCGUAAUAUUCAGCUCAAACUAGUUUUGUGCCUCGUUUCUAAAAAGAAAGGUGCUUGGGCUUUCAAGCCUCCUUGAAAAUUGCACCCAGAGGCAGAACGAGCAAAUCUUUCCACUUGUAAAGGUUUAUCCUUAAUCUAUAGUUCAACUUUUAUCUAUAGAUCAGGAAUAAUAAUGUUACACUUCCCCAUUUUGCUCUGGCAGUGAGAACUGCCAGGGGCACAGUGUGUAACCAAGCUUUAUUUUCUUUCCAACAAGGUAAACCGAGGAUUAUUGGCAUUUUGUCAUAGUUGCAUUUUAUUUACAAAUAAACAGGUUAAACAGAGGUGGUGGCACAGCUUAAACACUCCAAAUGACAGCCCCCACACCAGAUCUUCAGAGAGAUAACCACCCCUCUAAAAUGGUGCUAGUUUAUGGAGUCCAAAAUCUCAGUAUUUCUGUGCCUUUUGGACUCUGACCCAAGCUAAAACCCUUAUUAUUUUUAACACACAAACACCUUGCCCCUCCCUCCUCAUGGUGGGAGAAUCCAAAUGAGUCACCUCUUCUGACCAUUGCCCAGUAUUUUUAGCUUCUAUGGAGGCAUGACCCCAGAACCUCAUGGUCUACCAGUGCUCCUUCCAAUGUCACCCAUGCUUUAGAGAAUAUAAAGGGGGCGCUUGAAAGGAGAUUCAGGAUCAGAUAUGAGCUCAGGAGCACCCAAAAUGAUAACCCUAGUCACCAAAAUCAGAUCAGAAAGCUACAACAAUAUAUUUGCUAAAGGUGGAGAACCACAAGGCUAUAAUAGCUUAACUUGUAAGGAAAAUGAUAUUCACCAUUUUGUUCUCAAAGGAAGAAAGGGACAAGUCUCCCAGUUCUCUUGAACUACAUCCACUAAAGCAGAGUAGCAUCCAGUUGACAUAAGUUGAGAUGACCAACUUAUAUGUCUGUAGGUUCUCCAAGGGCCAGAUAUAUAUUUUUCCAACUGACAUAUGGGCUGAAUACACACUACACCUUUAAAGCACAUUUCCCCCCUCAAAUAAUUCUGCGCACUGUAGUUUGCCCCUCACAAAGUUACGAUUCCCAGCAACCUUCAGCAAACUACAGUGUCCAUAAUUAUUUGAGGGGGAGGGAGGUUAUUUAAAAAGAUGGUGUGUACACAGCAAUAAACAAUAUAUAAAAUCCACUGUGGAUCUCUCUUUUUCACAACUUGAUCAUAUUUGUUUAUUUUUCUUGCAAGUGAAUUAGUAGGCAGGCUUUGUACCAGACUGUGAUUAAAAUAUGGCAGAGUCACAGGGGCCAGACAAAAUUGUUUGGGGGACUGGCUGAACGCAGCCUGGCCAUCCAUCCUUCCAAAUUCCACAUAGCCCUCAUUCAGGCAGGAAUAUAAAGAGAAGAGUUAAAAGGAGAUUUAAGGGAUUUAAAAAGUAGACCCUUAUACUUGGAUCAAGAAGGGAAUUGCUAUCUGUUGUGGGUCAUAAUCAACUGGGCAACAUGUUUCCUUCCUUAUAGAACCCAUGGCAUUCAGCUAACUGUUGGACAGGCGAAUUGUUUCUCUCCUAAUGAAAGCCGUGAUGAUGGAUCCAUUGACCAAAGAGUUCUCAAACAAAAGUGAGUUUUUGGUUAUCCUUCUAAUUCCAAAGAUACAGCUAUCUUCAUAUAGAACUUCCUAAACUACGAAGAUAUAUUGACAAUAACAAAGGAUUACAAUAUCAUAUGCUUGCAUUAGUUUUUUUAAGUCUUACACAAAGAUGGUGUCAGAGCUGGCUCCAGGUCCCAGCUCACAGAGGACCAACGCUAGCCGGCAGUAAUGUACAAAAGUCUUUAUUGAAGUACAGUUUCCAUUUUCAAGCCGGAGCGCCCCAGCUCUACGUCUAGGGGUUAGAUCGGCGAAGCUCCAUCUGAGUCUCCGCCCCUGUACACCAGUUUAAGAUUCUAGCCUUACUCCACCUCUUACGUCUCUCCUUUCUCCUCUGGGUCCUGCUACCCCCACCCUUCCUUCCUGGAUUCUUCUGACGCUGACCCCGCUGACUCCUCCCCCUCUUUUCGGCGGGCUUUGGGACCUGGCUCCCUAUCCGGGCUGCCAACUGCGCCGCCCUCCUGUACAUUUGAACUUGGCGCGCGCGCCCAGCCUUCAACCUUCCUCUCGACCGUUUCCUCGCUCCCCGAUGGAGGCGUGGCCAAUCCUGACUCAUGUCCUCCCACUGGCAGUGCGCCGCCUGAUCCCGAUGCCUGGGACUCCUCCCCCCUACUGCACUCUGGUGUGGACGCUGGUCCUGAUUUCCAACUGCUGCUCUCUGAGUCCCCUCUGGCCCCUUCUUCCUGGGGUGUCCCCCUCGGCACCCCCUUGCUCUGACCAAGGGAGCCCCUUUCUGUGAAUCUUCCGAUUCGCUGGAAAGACUCAGAGACCUCGGACCGCUGUCAUCGCUAACAUUUCCUUCGGACUCCUCCCCCUCGCUCUCUCUGUCCUCCCUUUCCUGUGCCUCUGCUCCUGAACCCCUGACAUCCAUCCCCCCCCUCGAAGCCCCCCCUUCCCCCCUCCCCUCCUUCAGGUGUGGGUACUGGGUGCUCCGUCGUUGUGGGGGUGAGUGCCGGAUACAGUUCGUCCCCCGUGGCAUGCAUCCAGCCGGAUAAGUCCGGCUCGUCCUCCGUGCUCUCGCCGACCUCAAUUUCCUCUGCUUCCAUCUCUUUGCCGCCGUGCUCGAACCCAAGGUCCUGACCCAACCCGUCCAUGUCCGUAUCUGCGCCGGUCUCCUCCGGGGACGUUGCCUGCCAAGGACCCCCCAACCACUUCCUGCGCCACUGCUCCUCUGGUUGAGUGUCCCACCAAUAGGAACGGUCUGAGGCAGACCCCGAGGGUGAUCCCUCGGGGAACGUGCUUCUAGUGCCGGUUCCUCGUCCGAGGUGAACCCCUGGAAUGUGCUAGCUGAAAAUGUGGGUGUGAAAAGCCAGUCGUCGAAAUACUCGGCUGGCAUGGGCCUGUGUGGGAAAAGUGCAUGGAACUCGUCCUUGAGCCAAGAUUCCUCCAGAGCAUAAUCUGGCACCCAACUGUUGGCGCUAGCCGGGGUACCUUCCUUGGCGAGGAGGUAUUCCACUCCCUCCCCCCAUCUCGAGUCUAAAAUCUCUGUGACUUCGUUGACGGGUUCCCGCCUUGGCGACCCCCCCCUUGUGGGCGUUUCCCUGAACGGGUCUGGUGCCGUUCCUGGUUCCUGAAAUCUAUGAGGUGCUUUGUAGGGCGUGAGCACUGAUCUAUGGAAAACUGGGUGCAUUCUGGAUCCCUCCGGCAGUGUCAACCGGAAAGCCACUGGAUUGACCUGUGCCUCGACUUGGUAGGGUCCUAGCUGCUUAUGCCCUAGCUUCUUCUUCGCUAACGAUCUGGCCGGCACUGCCUGGGCUGCUAACCAAACCCAGUCUCCCACCUGUAUGUCUUCCCCAACCCUCCUGUGCCUGUCAGCCUGCAGUUUGUAUGCGUGCUUUGCUAGUUCUAACUGCCUCCUAAGCUGUUCGUGAACCUCCUGCAACUCUGAUGCUAAGGCUUCCGCUGCCUGUGGCUCCCCCCCCCCGCUCUCGCUAAUCCCGGGAAGGUUCUGGGAUGCCUCCCGUUGUUGGCGAAGAACGGUGUCACCCCCGUGGACACGUGCUUCGUGUUGUUGUAGGCGAACUCAGCGAGCGGCAGGUAGUCCACCCAUGUUGCCGGCUGCUGAUUUGCGUAGCAUCGCAGGUACUGCUGCAUGAUGGCGUUGACUCGCUCCGCUUGUCCGUUCGUCUGCGGGUGUCUCGCCGACGCUAGGUUGAUCUUGACGUUCAGGAAACCCAUCAGCUUCUGCCAGAAGUUCGAGAUAAACUGUCGCCCCGGUCGGACAGGAUAGACCGUGGCAGACCGUGAACUCUGAACACGUGGUCUAUGAACAGUUUGGCGGUCUGUUCCGCCGUGGCCACCUUCGCGCACGGAAUGAAGUGGGCCAUUUUGGUGAACAUGUCCACCACCACUAGCACUGCCGUCUUGCCCCUCGAGCUGGGUAGAUCCGUGACAAAGUCCAGGGCCACCCUCUCCCACGGUUCGAGCGGUGUCUGCAGGGGUUCGAGCAGUCCCGCCGGCGGUUUGUGCACUGACUUGGCCCUUUGGCAGGUGUCGCACCUCGAGACGUAAUCCGCGACUUCCCCGCAUCUUGGGCCACCAAAAAUCUCUGGCUACUAAUUCUACCGUCUUCUCUUUGCCAAAGUGCCCGGCGGUGGGUGCGUCGUGCAACUGCUGCAGUACUUUCGCGCGGAGGUCGUCUCCCGGUACGUAGAGGGCCCCUCUGCGGAUGAGCAAUCCGUCGCGUAUCUGGAACUCGUCGUCCUCCGCCGUGCCCCUUUGCACCUCUGCCAUCUUUGCUUGCGCGAAGGGGUCCUCCUGCAGUGCUCGACGUACAGCAUCCAGGUCCACGGUUGCUGAAGCGCACGCCCACGCUUUCGGUGCGAAAAUGUGCUUGGCCGCUGCUGGUGCCGCCUCCUCGAGGUAUUGCGGCUUUCUGGACAGUGCAUCCGCCAUGAUGUUGUUGUCGCCUGGGAUGUACUCUAUCCUGAAGUCGAAAUCCGCAAAGAACUCCGCCCAUCGUAUGUGCCUCUGGUUCAGGAACCUUGCCGUGCGCCAGUACUCCAGGUUUUUAUGGUCCGUGCGGACCUGCACUGUGUGUUUGGCUCCAAUGAGGAAGUGCCGCCACGCCUUGAAUGCUGCAUGAAUGGCCAGCAACUCCCUGUCCCAGAUGGUGUAGUUCUGCUCUGACUUGCUGAGCUUCCUGGAGUAGAAGGCACACGGUCUCCAGUCCCCAUGCGGGUCUUGCUGCAACAGUACUGCUCCCACGGCUCUGUCUGAGGCGUCCGUUUCAACCCUCAUCGGUCUGCUGGGAUUCACAUGCAGUAGCUGCUCUUCGGACGAGAAGAGACGCUUGAGUUUCUGAAAGGACUGCUCCGCUUGCUCCGUCCAGAUGAACUUCUUCUUCUUGGAGCUGAGCGUGUCGGUAAUGGCCGCCGUCUGCAUCGCGAACCCCUUGAUGAACUUGCGGUAAAAGUUGGCGAAACCGACAAACCGCUGGACCUCCUUCCGAUUGCGCGGGCUCUUCCAGUCCAACACUGAGCGAACCUUGGCGCUGUCCAUGGCGAGCCCCUUGUCCGACAACUUGUAGCCCAGGAAAUCUACCUCCUUCAUGUCGAACUGGCACUUCUCCAGCUUGGCGUACAGCCUGUGCUCCUGCAGUCUCUGCAGAACUUCCUUGACGUCUCCCUCGUGGGUCUCCUCUGAUUCUGAAAAUAUCAGGAUGUCGUCCAGGAAGCAGACGCAUUUCUUGUAGAGGAGACCCGCCAAUACGUGAUGCAUGAAGGCUUGAAAACAGUGGGAGCCAUUUUGUAAUCCAAAGGGCAUAACUCUGUAUUCAUAGGUGCCCAGGGGCGUGAACAUGGCAGUCUUCCAUUCGUCGCCCUCCCGUAUGCGAAUCAGGUUGUACGCCCUCGCAGAUCCAACUUUGUGAAAACGCGUCCUUUCCUCACCGUUGCGAGCAGGUCAUCUAUCUUGGGCAUGGGAAAAGCUGUGGGCUUGGUUUUGAGUUCAAAAUUCUAUAGUCCACCACAAGCCUUUUUGGGGCGUGUCCUUCUUCUUCACAAAGAAUACAGGACUGCCCCCCACUGCCUUCGACUCCCGGAUGAAACCGCGCUUCAAGUUGAGGUCUACGAACUCCCUGAGUUCCUGCAGCUCGUCUUCAGACAUGGAAUACAGUUUCCCGGUUGGCAGCGUCGCCCCUGGCAGGAGGUCAAUCUUGCAGUCAUAAGACCUGUGGGGAGGUAGCUUGUCCGCUUCCUUCUCGCAGAAAACCUCCAAAAACGCUGCGUACUUGAGUGGCACUGCUUGCAGCGUGCCUAAUUGUAGCUGCGGAUCAUCCUCUUCCCCUUCCGGGCUAGGCAGAAUGCAAUGUUCCGCACAGUAUGAGGAGCCGAAGGUCAGUUGUCGCUGGUACCACGCCAAUGCUGGGCUGUGCCUGUGCAGCCAACUCAUGCCUAAUACUAUAGGCGUGUCCGACAGUUGGGUGACAUUGAAGCUGAUGACUUCUCGGUGAUUUCCAAUUUGCAUCACCAUCGGAGGCGUUUGCUGCACCACCUGCCCCCCCAGCAAUUCCCUGCCAUCCACCGUGACAACCUUCAGAGGCAGCGUGGCUGGCAGGAGUGCUAUGUUGUGCUCUUGAAGGAAAUCCAGUCCUAUGAAGUCUGCGUUACUACCAGAGUCAAUGGUAAUCGGCACUUCCAUAGUGAGUCCAUUGGGUAGUUGGAGCGAUGCUGUGAGCUGCACCACUGGUUUGGGCGGGAGGGUCUGUGGGCUGCAAAAUCUCUGGGGACGGCUUCAUUGACUUGUCUGGUUGGGCCCCAGUGCCUCUUCCUCCAACCAGACUCUGUCGUUUCCCUGCUGUGGUUCUCUCUGCUGAGUUGCUUCUGUUACUGUUGCUGAGGCUGCAGUGUGCUUGUGGAGCCUCUGGGGACACUCUUUCGCCAUGUGCUGAGCACUGUCGCAGAUGUAGCACUUCCUGUUCCCUCUAGGAGGCUUCGCUUUGACUGCUCCCGGUGUUAAGGCUCUGGUUGCUGACUGAGCCCUGGCGCCUCCAAUCUCCAUCGGUUGCUCUCCCCUCCUUGCGGAGGUGGGGAUUGCACACGCGCUGCAUCCUUGGGAAAGAGGGGAGGUGCUCUCACUGGCGUACGUCCCCAACGUCCUUCUUCUCUAUUCCAUGGACGUUCUUCCAGACGCACCCCAAUUUGCAGCGCCCGCCGGACAACCUCCUGAGUGCUCUUUGGUCUCUCCCCCCUUGCAAUCUCACCUUUCACAUUUGCAUUCAAGCCUUCCCAAAAAAGGUCUCUGGCUGGGGCCUACACCGUCACCCAUACCAGCGCAUGGACUAAUUCAAAAUAGCGGGAAUGGUACUGCCUUACACUGGCUCUGCCUUGUUUGAGCCCAGGUAUGUCUUUUCUGGCGAUAUCAAUGUCUAUAGUUGAUAAUAAACACGAAUCCAUCGCUUUAAUGAAUGCAUCCGCAUUUUGGAGCGCCGGAUCCUUAUCUCUCCACAGAUUGCGCAGCCACGCUUUAGCUUCCCCAUGCAAAUGGGACAAGAUAAACCCCACCUUCUCUUGCUCAUCUCUAAAGUCUUUAUCCAGCAGUUCCAGCGCAAACAGCACGUCUGCUCGGAAGUUAGGGUACUGCUGCAAAUUCCCAUCGAAAUGAGAUACCAGGCUGCCUCCUCUUUUCCCCAGCCCAAUCCCCUCUGAUUUGGGUCCCGGUUGCCCCUGCUUAGCAAGCACUUCCAACCUGGCUUGGAGAUCCCUGCAGGCGGCAGCCGCUUCCUCUUCCCUUUUCCUGGAUGCGAGUACCUCCGCGUUGAGUUGUGUCACUGCAUUUUGCAGGGCUGCUAGUUGCUGUUCUGUAGUCAUCUUGCCUGACUUUUGUGAGCUCGCGAAGCACCAAUCUUCUUUCCUCGCUGCGUCCACUCACGUUACGAGGUUUUUGGUGCAAAACUUUUGAGAUGGAGCUUACUGUCAGAGCUGGCUCCAGGUCCCAGCUCACAGAGGACCAACGCUAGCCGGCAGUAAUGUACAAAAGUCUUUAUUGAAGUACAGUUUCCAUUUUCAAGCCGGAGCGCCCCAGCUCUACGUCUAGGGGUUAGAUCGGCGAAGCUCCAUCUGAGUCUCCGCCCCCUGUACACCAGUUUAAGAUUCUAGCCUUACUCCACCUCUUACGUCUCUCCUUUCUCCUCUGGGUCCUGCUACCCCCCGGGGUCCCUUCCUUCCUGGAUUCUUCUGACGCUGACCCCGCUGACUCCCCCCCCGCUUUUCGGCGGGCUUUGGGACCUGGCUCCCUAUCCGGGCUGCCAACUGCGCCGCCCUCCUGUACAUUUGAACUUGGCGCGCGCGCCCAGCCUUCAACCUUCCUCUCGACCGUUUCCUCGCUCCCCGAUGGAGGCGUGGCCAAUCCUGACUCAUGUCCUCCCACUGGCAGUGCGCCGCCUGAUCCCGAUGCCUGGGACUCCUCCCCCCCUACUGCACUCUGGUGUGGACGCUGGUCCUGAUUUCCAACUGCUGCUCUCUGAGUCCCCUCUGGCCCCUUCUUCCUGGGGUGUCCCCUCGGCACCCCCUUGCUCUGACCAAGGGAGCCCCUUUCUGUGAAUCUUCCGAUUCGCUGGAAAGACUCAGAGACCUCGGACCGCUGUCAUCGCUAACAUUUCCUUCGGACUCCUCCCCCUCGCUCUCUAUUUCCUCCCUUUCCUGUGCCUCUGCUCCUGAACCCCUGACAGAUGGUAUGAUUCUCGGAGGAACAAAUUAUUUGGAUGCAGAUAACUACUGUGGGGAGGGGAGGAGAGACAGGGAGAGAUAAGGAUGGACUGGGGGUUCUAAAACAAAAUAAACUAAAGCACGUUUUCUAAAAAAUAAUGUAAAGAAAAAUAUAAUUUGGAUCAUAUCAUAAUUUGUAAUGCAUUAAAAAAGAUUAUGUGGAAAUAACACUAGGGGUAGCCCAUGUUCCUGGAGUGUAAAGCAUAGUAAAUAUAUUAUAACAAGAGGAUGGCUUGUCUUUCACUGAUAAUAAAUCAAUUGAAGGAGCUAGCACAAUGAAGUAUGUGAGAAUUUAAAGUGCUAAUGAAUGGUCAUUUUUGCUUCCUUUGUCAGGAAAAACAUGAGGCAUGUUUUAGCAAGAUGCAAAGCAUUGCAAUGGACAAAUUCAUAUAUUCUGCCUGAGUUCCCUUAUGAUGUCAAAUGCAUAUUAGCAGAAAGAAAAUGCCCUGACCACAGUGUGAGAAUAAGGAUAAUUGAAUUCUUACAAGCUGACAUGACAAAGUAUCUUGAAGGAUCACUGUAAGUAAGGCAGUCUUCAGCAUUCUGCCUCAUGGGAGCAAUAUGGCAUGGGGUGAAUUUCCAUAAGGAUGAUAAAUUGAGCUCUGCAUGCUGUGAACUUUGAUUUGAAGAGUGCGUAGGUAGAAAGGCAGAAUGAAUAUAUUUGUGGCUGCCCAUAACUUGUAUGAGUGUUGGGAGGCCUGGAGGGUAGCCAGAGCCCAGUUACUUCUACUCUCUUGCUACCUAGUCACUUAAUAAACCCUGCAGACAGUGGUCCAUGGUCUUGUUUGGACCAAUGAACUGUCUUCCGAGCUGUCAUCUCUGAGUGCUUGUCACCAAACCACAGGUAGCUUGGUAAAGAAGCAGGAAUGUCUCACUUACGUGCAGGGGUGCAAUCUCGCCCUCAGGAUUGUGAGUGCCCGCCACCUCAAUGCAGACGUGCAACAUCUCACACACAGAUGUAGGAGCCCAACCACAGAUAUCCACUGCACAAGUGCUUCCAUGGUGCUAAAAAAGAAAUCAAAUCUCCUUCCAUGUUAGGCACCCUCAGCACAGGGUUUUGCAGCCUGAUAUGGUGGCAGCAGUGAUAGGAAUGACUGGGCCAGUGUGUGAGUAGAGAUUGCCAAGAGUGUACUUUUUAUUUUGUAUGAUAGAGGCAGGCAUUAAUGUAAAAGGAGCUGAAGAUUUUCCAGUUGAAGCAGCAGGGCACUUUAAAUAAUAAUAUUUGUAUGCAUUUUAUAUUGCGUGGGCAGAUAUCCAACCACUCAGCAAUAUAAUGAUGUUGUCAAUGAAUUGCUCCAGGCAUACCCUUUUCUUGAUGAGGAUGGGAAUGGCUUUGUAAGUACCCAAACAAAUGCAAUUCUGUACUGUUGUUUUUCUUGAAUUAAACAUGCAGUUGCUUUUCUUUGAUUAUAUACAUUUCUAUUGGGGUUUAGGCCUGCUUAUGUCAGGGAAACAGCCCUGUUUGCCAGGUAUGAUGACUUCUGCCUGGAGACAGACAAGGGUAAUGGGAUGCUGUGGAUUCUCCUUGAUCUCUCAGCAGCUUUCUAUACCCUCCACCAUUAGUAUCCUGCUGGAGCAGCUGUUUGAAUUGGGACUGGGCUUUCCAGUGGUUAUAGUCUUAUUUGAGAGAGUGGUGCUUAAGGGAUGCUGCUGGACACUGUGGAGCCUUCAAUACUUCAUUCCACAGAGGUUGAUCUUACACUCCAUGCAGGGCUUUCUGGAGAUUUGCUGUGUGUUGUCCUCAGUAUGUUAGCAAAGACUUCAUAGAUGAGUGUUGUGUUCCUUAGGAGAAUACUAUCUAUCCCCAGGUCGUGGUCCAAAGGUGUGAUUUGUAUAAGCUUACCAAGGUUCCUGUCUCCACAGAAGAAACCUUGUGUUGCAAGGCCCCAGGGCCCAAAGUUCCCCUUGGAUAAUAAACACACAGACACAAAUAUGUUGAGUUAAUGGGAUAAAUAAGGCCACAACUUUAUUGGUUACAGAUGUGAGCGGUAUUGGGUGAAACCGACUAUAUCAUGACUCCUGCAUGCCUGCAGGAAGUCUUUUAAGGGUCAACCACUGAUAGGGGAUGCCCUAUGUUAUACAUCAAUUAAGAGCACCCCCAAGGUCCCCGGUGGGGUUGUGGCAUGGCCCUAACCCAUGCCCAGCCUUUGGACAGGAUCCACACACACCCGGAUCCCUUUAACAGGAUACCCUUAACUUGGAGGGGCAGGCAGAGGCAACAACCUUCCGUCCCAUGAACCAGGCUUACUCAAUGGCUAACCGCCUAACCUUACAAAGUUGUCACGAUUGCUACAAGAUAGACGAAAACCAAAUGGCUUGUACCAAUUUGCCAAGUGGAAAAAAUUCCUACCUGGCCCCAAGAAUAAGGCAACCAACAUUAGUCCAUAGUAAAGCCAAAGUCAAGCAACAUAUAAAAAGAGGGCGGGUGGGCUGGGUGAUUCGACAGAGGAGGCAAAAGGAGGCCAUCCACCAGCCACGUCACAAUUUAAACCACAGCAUCCACACACCCCGGCUAACCAGAUUGGUCAGCUGGGGGGCGUGAUGCAGCUGAGAGUCCCGAUGAUGCGGGUGGCAUCACUCGGCCCCCUGCCAGGUCCCAGUGAGGUCCCAGAUACCCGCCCACAACUCCACCCUCUGGGGAAGGGGAGUGGUCUUACAAGUACAGGCCCCUUUCAGAGUGCCACUUGACAUGAGUUGGAUGGGUUAAGGAGCCAGAGCUAGCUGGUGGGUUCUGAAAUGUCUCUUCACUGAUACUGAACAACUGAAGAGGGUUUGUGAGAGUUAAAUAUAAAGAACAACACUGAGACAGGAGUGCAUGAUAUUUUCAAACUUAUGAAAUGUUGGUCUUGGCAAGUGGACACCUGUGGCUUUCUGUUUUGACCUUUAUCGUACUCUUGCAGGCAUUUCCAUUCCUUUGAAUUCAGUUUUUGGAUGCUUAUUACUUCAUAGGUCGACUGGGCUAAGGUGAUAAUCUCAUAGCAACUAGGAAAUGUCAGUCUGGAUAGUAUCCUCCAUAUAUUAUGAAGGAUAAAGCUAUCAAUGGCUGCAAGCCACAAUGGCUAUGUGCUGCCAUCACAGUCAGAAACCGUUUCCUACUGACUACCAGUUCACAAGAGGGAGUGGAACACUGUUGCCAACAUAUCUCAUUUGUAGGAUUCUCAUCGGCAUCUUUUUGUAAACCACUUUCAGGUUUUGUUUUGCUUUCUUUACAAUCAAGCAGUAUAUAAAUGUUAUGAAAUAAGAAACAAACAAACAAACAACAAACAAGUCUGGUUGGCCACUGUGUGGUGGUUGAAUUAGAUGGACCUGUGGCCUGAAACAGCAGGCGCUAUUCUUAUAUUAUUAUCCCAUGACACUAAGAUGCUGAGAGCUAUAUGAGAAACGGUGGGUUAUCAAUAAGUUGGUUUACACUCUGAUUUUCGAUUAAUAUUCUGUUACUCAGCCAGAACACGUAGAACAGUGUUCUUAAACAGAAUUUUAAUGUACAGUAAGUUCACAUACGCCUGUUUGUUUCUCAGUGACUGAAACUUCAAGCGAUUACGUGGAUGUGUGAAAACAACACCCCUGCGUUUUGACUUACCAACUAUGCUGUUUGCUACGCUGUUAAAAGCAGACAGCCAUUGUCUUGCAUUUACAAUGUUAUCAUUUGUCAAACUACUUUUAAGCAAAGCUAUUGCCUUCUGCCUUUCAAAGCUAGUUACUCUGUUUCCUCAAUAGGGAUGGGAUGCAAUUAGCUUCUGCAAAGUAUACAGUAGUUGCAUUUUCUUUAAAAAAAAUCUGCUGGAAAUGAUAUUCUAAAGGUUCUUUUUCUUUUAGCAAUUUAGGAACAGUAGAUAACUUGCGCUGAAAGAAUAGAUAAGGCUCCUGGAAGACACUAACAACUUUUUUAAACAUGCAGUUUCUAUGGAAACGAGCCCUUAAAGACCGUUUCAAGUAUGUGCGGAGACCGAUAGAUGAUGAUGAACAGGUAGUGAGAAAUAAAUGCAAGUUUGGACACAGGCGAGGGCAGACCAGAAAAUCUUCUGAAACCAGGUGUGAGAAGGUCCAAGGAGUGCAAACAAAAGUAAGUAUAGUGGUACCUCGGGUUACAUACGCUUCAGGUUACGUACGCUUCAGGUUACAGACUCCGCUAACCCAGAAAUAGUGCUUCAGGUUAAGAACUUUGCUUCAGGAUGAAAACAGAAAUCGUGCUCCGGUGGCGCGGCAGCAGCGGGAUGCCCCAUUAGCUAAAGUGGUGCUUCAGGUUAAGAACAGUUUCAGGUUAAGUACGGACCUCCGGAACGAAUUAAGUACUUAACCCGAGGUACCACUGUAUUCAGAUUCUGUGGAUGGAAUAGCAAGAGGAUAUGAAUAUGAGCUUUGCCUGCUCUUUCCAGCUACUCCUGAAAGAGGAAAAUAGGAAGGUGUGCAAAAAUUGAGCAUUCCUUAUAUGGCUUCUUUCCAACCAUUUUGAUUCUUGAAGAAUAUGAGUGCCAUAUUUCCAUUAAGGAGUCUAAUGCGCCAGUGCUUAAAAAGUCCCAUAGAUUUCAGUGAGACUUGCCUGUCAAUAAUAGCUUAGAUCUUAAGGUAAUUUUAAAAAAAAUUCCCUGUCUGCCCCUUUCUGCUGCAACGUGAGAUGGGGGCUUGAAGGAGGGAGGAGAGGAUGGGUAGCAUUUCCUCUCUGCACUUCCUUAAGCUAACUUCCUUUCCCAUAUAAUCCAAGGCAAUAUGACUAGGUUCUGACUGCAACUCUGUCAACAUUCCUAGACCUUAUUAAACCUUGCAGAGAAUGGAAGACAUCCAUUUUGUAUGCAGAGAAUUUCCUACCCACCAUUUCUGUGCAUGCAAAUAAACUAAAUGUUGGCUGAAUAUAUUGCAGCCGAGCUGGGGGAAGAACUGGAACCUAAGUGUUUGGAUUGGAAAUCGUGGUGCUUGGGGACAAAAGAGGUGUAGACUUUGCCAAGGCAUUCAUGCUAUGUGCCCACUUAGGCUUGGUAUUACUAAAGACUGAUUUAUAUCAUUAUGGCUAUAGCGAAACUGCUAGAUGUGAAUUUACCUUUGGGUAACAUGUCGCCCUGAAUAAAUAAUGCUUUUGCUUAUCUGUUUUUGCUUCACUUUCUCCACUCGCUUAGGUCUGGGGAAGGGAAGGGAACAGUAUCCACACUCUUCCCCCUGCCCCAACCAUUAUGCUAGUUCUGAUUAUCAGCUAUGCCUGGUAAUUGCCAGUUUUAGUGUCCUAUAAAUUACUGGUGAGAUUAUACUUAGUAACACAAUAAUUAUUUUACCAUCUUAGAAUUAAGAACUCUUUUAGAAGAUCAGCAUUUGAAUUACUUAAUUGUGGUGACUAUAAGAAGCUUGGGAAAGGUUUCUUUCCCCAGAUUUUUAAAUUUAAAUACAUAAUAAAACACUUGAAAACUGGCACAAAUAAUGUGUUUUUAGUCUGGAAGGUACUGAUAAACAAGGAGUACUGUGUCUACUUGACUGGAAUGUACUUAUGGGUUCUAAUUUUGAAGGGAAACUCAGUUAUAAUUAUAGAUAAGAAUUGUGCUUACAAAGAAUGCCUUUAUCUUCUGAAAUAAGUCUAAAUGUUGUUGCCAUCAAAUACUGCUGGAAAUAAGAUACUUCCAUUAUGUUGGAGUUUUUUUUUUGUAAAGAAUGCAGGGUUUUGUUUUUUAAAAAAAGUAUGAGAACCCUGAGAAAGAUUAUACUUGUAAAGCGUUUGCCCAAAUAAAAUACUUCAUUAACAGUGCAAACCUAUACACCUCUACUCAGCAGCAAGCCCCACUGAGUUCAAUGUGAGGUACUCCCAUAUGUGUAUAGGAUUAGUUUUUCUUGAUAAAUUGCACUAUUAUUAACCAAGACUAUUCCUUUUUUCUUUUGUAAAAAUGCACUCUACAAAAUAACUAAUGACAAUUUUAACAGGUUAAAAACAUUUACAACGAAGACCUUGAUGUCGAGAUAAAUGAACAUAUCAGCUGGUUUAAGGAAGAAUAUAUGAAACCUGAGAGAAAUUGGGUAGAAGUGGACAACAGGAUGACCAAGACUUUAGAAAUAAGAAGGAAGAUGAUCAAUAAAGAGAGGAAGCCUUUCAAAGAAAUUCUCAUGCUAUUCCCCUUUUUGAAGUGUCCUUAUCAGGUAAUGGGUGUUUUCUUAGUAACAACCUUAUAUUUCAUGACAGAACACGAGUGCGCAUAGGCAUUUCUAUGUUCGUGGCAAAGAAGGCACUUCUGUAACUUAUUCAGAGGUUUUGACAGCAAAUCACACCCUGUAUCUUGUGAUCCAAGAAAAAUAUGACCGCUAGUCAUGAUGGCUAUUGCUCUGCCUCCACAGUUGGAAGCAGCCAUGCUUCUAUGAUUCUGAAACCCCAGUAACGCUGCAAAGGAGAGCGUGCUCGUGAUCGGGUCCUGCAUCAGUGCAUACUUCCACUUGUGUGCUCUUUAAAUUGUAAUUUAACACAUUUUCUCAGUUGGAUUAUCUAAAUUGCUUUCCUUUCCCCCUUUAGCUUUUUAAAGAAUAUCAUCUUUUAACACACAAAGACAUUUACAAGAAAACAGCUGAGAUUUUGGAAGCGUAUUCAGAGGACAUACUGACGUCGAAUGUGGUGAAGAAUAGCCCAGUUAUUGUUGCUCUGCAGAAGAAUCUGAAGCAGUACAUGGAAGAUGACAUUCGGACAUGUUGGUAUAGCCUGUUGUGUCUGGUUUUAAAGCAGUUAAUGGGCAAGAUACUUUGUAUAAUAGAAGCUAAGCAAACAUUUUCCUUAAGUGCACUGAGAAAUGGCUGUCUGCUUUCAAUGCACUAUGGGACAGAUCCUACAUCGAAUAUAAAUGGCUUAUUAACUGAAAAAGGAAGGUUAAUUACUCAUGCUUGAGAUGCUGAAUGUUUCUUGGAAAGGUAACUAAUGUGUGUGUGAAGAAACCCUAAUAAAUUAUUGUCAAGAGUGGAAAAAACAUCCAAAUAUAGAGCAUUCUGCUUUGAACACAACUGCCUAUUAAAACACUUGCUUCUUCUGGCUGUUAAUCCUACUGCCCUGUAAUUGUUCUUCACUUUUGAUAGAUAUGAAGAUUACUGCCACAUGUUUACUUUUGCCAGAUGUUUUUGGAGAGGAUUCCUCUUUGCUUGCUGCUGUGAAUGAGGAGGUAUGUAGAUAACGAAUUAUAUGGUGGGAGGCCGGACAACAAUUUUUUUUAAAAAUCCACAUGUACUCGUUUGUCUUUAUGCAACAUUGCAACAAUAUAUUUGGAGAUACCAUUGAUAAUGGUUGAUAACAUGCAAAACGGUUUUUCUUUUAUGUCUUGAUUUUGUCAGGCAUUGGAGUGCUUUCCUGGAAGGAAAGUAGCCCAGGUAGUAAGAACCAAACUGGGGUCAGCAGCUUCAAUUCUUAUUUACUAAUGAUCUUAUAUUGUCUGUUUUCGUUCAAGGUGAACUCUCAUUACUGGUUUAAAAGACAGUUUUGAGAGAACGAUGAUCCUCCUGUUACUUUCUUUUUAGUUAAUACAAGAAAUCCCAUGAAUUUUAUGCGUAGACUUCUAUUUUUUAAAACCAGGUGAAAGUGUCAACACCAGUACUAGAAGUAAAAUACCCAUUUGAUGAAAACGUGUGUGAGUGUUCCCUAUACGUGGAGAAGGAGAAAUUGGCCCAGCUGGAUGAUUGUACAAUGGCCCUCGCUGCUCUGCUGGCUUCCUACCAUGUCUUUGGCAUUCCAUACCCCAAAAGACUGUACAAUACACUUCACUUUUUGGAGUCCCUCAUCUUUGAAGUCAAGUGUCCGCAGUUCCUUUCAGCAAAAAUCAAGUAA